AGUCGGCUGUGUCACAACAAUACAUGCAGUACAGGUGCGAGUGUCUAUUCAUUGAGUUGUGAUCAAUCUGUUUAUAUAAUAUUAAGUCUAGAUAUUAAUAUAGUUUUGGAUUUUUAAUGUUCAUACCACACACCAGAAGAUUAAUUGACGCUGUUACCAUGCACGAAGCACAAGGAGUUCAUAUUGAAAGUGUACCAGAUAAUCCAGUAAUUAAUAACUUGGACUCAUUAUUAGCUGAUAUCUAUUUGAGAUUCAUAGCAUUAAGGGCUGACGAUUUUAAACUUUAUUACAAAAUCUUCGAUUCUAUAUUUUCUGCUAUUCAUAGAAACAUGAAGGAGGUCGAUCCAUAUUUCAACCGCUACUCGAGUACGGCCCAACCAGCGGGUAGUCACUAUGAUGGACUACGUAUUAAGAAGCCCGAUGAAUUUGAUAUGGACAUCGUUAUUGGUCUACCAAUAAAUAUGAAAGAAGAUCGCUUUAUUCCUAGCAAUAGUGAUAUUGUACUGGAGCCUUCAAAUUAUGCAUAUGUUAAAUUGAAAAUGGGCAAGCAAUUCCAAAAUUUGCCCAACAGAGACGAGUGGGAAAUAAACAAGACGGCAUAUAAAUGGAAAGACGAGAACAAUUAUUUACUUAGAAGCAAAUUUAGCGAUUGGUUUAAAAGUGUUGUAUACAGGGCUUUGAAUAAAUUUGAAUGUUAUGGAAAUUAUAGAUUGGUAACAGUAGAUAACGUUCCAUAUGUUAUUCGUACGUCGGAGUCAGGUCCUGCGAUAACUUUGAAGAUAACUAACAUUACCGGUUUCAAAAUGGACGUUGAUUUAGUACCAGCUUUACGCUUUCCUGAGGAGCGUUGGCCAGUCACUAGUGAUUACCGGGAUAUAACUGCUGAUUGUUCAGUGGGAUCCUACGGGUGGAUGGUUGUGCCCAAGCCUGCUAAAAAUGGCGACAGCUCCCGGGUGUGGCGAUUUGCCUUACACAACCAGGAGAAAAACCUGUUCCACGAUAUUUACAACUUUAAGCAGACUUUGCGUUUUAUAAAAAAAUUGCGGGACGCUCAAGGAAUGGAUGAAAUAGCAAGUUAUUAUAUAAAGACAUUGUUCUUUUGGGAGGUUGUAGAGCGGAAGUCAGAGCCAAGGUUUUGGAAUAAGCCGCCAUCUGAGCUUUUUAUAAUAAUGGUAAAGAGGUUGCAUCGGGCCAUGGCAAACAGGAAUAUUCCGUAUUUCUGGAAUAAGCAAUAUAAUCUCAUCGAGGGCGUUGCAUCUAACAUACUGGCAGGGUACGCUAACAAGCUGCAGAGACUGGUGAACAUUCUGGACGAUCCUACUAAAUACAAAAUGGUCGCCGAAUAUCUGUUGACUGAUGACGAAUAUGAAGCGUACAAACCUAAACUGUAUCCUAGACAAUUUGCUAUAUAUAACAUAUAACUCAGCGAAAAUUCUUAAAAUUCUAAGUUAUCGUUGCGGUUAUGGGCGUAUUUUAUCAAGUUAUGAAAAAAGAUUAGAAAAAUUUAAUGUGACUCUCUUAUCUAUCUACCAGACGGAAACAGGUCGACUUAUUUACUUUACACAAAAUAGUUCAUUACCAUCUUCACUCUACUUCUGUACUCUCUGCUUUGACCUUCAAUAUAAGAACUGUAACACGGAGUUAUAAAACAUUUGCACUGUGCGUUUAUAAGAACAAUACGUCGUAUUAUAACCCGCUCAUCCGUAUGUGUCGUACUUUUAAUGAAAUUUCCGCGAAAUGUCCUCAAAUUGAUAUCUUCAAUUCACGUCUGAAUGCCUUCAAAAAUAUUUUACAAUCAGCCAUCAAAUCUUUUCGAUAUGUCUAUAUUUUUAUUAUUUGCAUGUACUUCAUUGUUAUUUACUAAAUUCAUAUGCUUUCUUUAUAUAAUUUAUAAUUUAACAGUGUUUGUCAAUUGCUUUAACCAUGCUGUGUGUACACCUGUCUGGGUCUCAAUCUAGUUCAAACUAUUAUUUUUAUAUAAAUGUUUAUAAUGUUAUUGAUUGUAACCUGUUGUGUACACCUUUAAUAAAUAAAAAAUAACUGUAUUCUUUUUUCAAGUUCAAUAAAGAAUAUAUGGUAUAUGAAGGAGAAGAGAAUAAAUUUUUUGGAGAGUGGAGUGUGAACAAGAAUAUAUAAUAUUGACAUUUCCGUGUUUUUUGCUUGUAACGGUGUCUCGUUUUAAUUACUAAUUUCAUUGGCUGUCAUAUCUAUUAGGACUAUAAGGACUAUACUUAGGGAUGCAAACGACACAUCGAUUUUUUCAAACAUCGAUAUAUCGUUCAUGAACAUCGAUGUUUUAACAUCGAUGUCGGAACUUUAAACAACGACGAUAUAUCGUUCUUCAUGCGAUAUUUUAUGAACGAUUUUUAAUCAUAGCGUCAUUUUCCAUCCCAUCCGUGAUUUUUUUUUUUUAUAUCACUGAUCUACAUCUAUAGACAUAAACAGACACUAAAUAAAAGAAUAAAGUAAAUCUGAUACAUAA